UUCCGCUUGUUUUCCGAGAUCAUUCUUCGAUCAACUUCUUAGCUUGCAGUGUCGCUUGCUGUAGAAUUUUAAAAAGUGAUAAUUUAAUUAAAUUUCGUGAAAAUGAAUCCAAAUGAUAAUCAAAUAUCGACUAUUUCUCAAUUCUAUAAUGGAAAGAGUGUCUUCAUCACCGGUGGAACUGGAUUUCUUGGAAAAGUUUUAGUUGAAAAACUUCUCCGAUCAUGUCCAGGAAUUGAAAAUAUCUUUUUGUUGGUUCGUCCAAAAAAAGGCAAAAGUAUCGACGAAAGACUUGCUGAUUUGACAGCUUCUCAAUGCUUUGAUCUUUUACGUGAAAAAAAUCAGAAAGCCUUAAACAAAAUCGUCUUAAUUGAAGGCAAUACUUCGGACCUUGGCUUAGGAAUUUCUAAAGAAAAUCGUGAACUGCUUUGCAAUAAAGUGUCAGUGAUUAUUCAUUCAGCUGCAACAGUAAGGUUUGUAGAAGCAUUUAAAUAUUCUGUAAAUACAAAUUUAAGAGCUGUAAAUGAGCUGCUGAAAUUGAGCAAGGAAGUGAAGAACCUAAAAUCUUUCGUCCACAUUUCGACAGCGUAUUCCAACUGGUUCCAGCCAGUCAUUGAAGAAAAACAUUAUCCAGCUGAAUUUGAUCCACAGUACAUCAUUGAUCUUUUCAAUUCUACUCCUGAUGAUCAGCUGGAAAAGUUGGCUCCAAAACUAUAUGGAAAACACGUGAACAUUUAUACUUUUACAAAAAGUUUAGCUGAAGAUCUUGCAGUGAAAACUCCAAAGGAUUUCCCGUUUGCGAUUGUCAGGCCAUCAGUUGUUGGAGCCAGUUUUGCAGAGCCACAUCCAGGAUGGGUUGACAGCUAUACGGCUACAACACCAUUAGUUGACCAAUCGGCAAGAGGUGUCAUUCGUGCUUUAAACUGUCAUAAAAAUUAUGUGUUUGAUGUCAUACCUGUAGAUAUAGUGAUCAACCAAGUGAUUGCAGUUUCAUGGAAAAUCGCAAUUGAUAGUGUUUCAAAAUCGGGAAUUUCGUCUCCACUCGUCUACAAUUGUGUUUCAGGAACCACAAAUCCUAUUACAAUUAAAGAAAUUUGUCAAUAUAGUCGUGAUGCAGGAAAGAAAAGUCCUUCGGAAUUGAUGCGCUGGUAUCCACAAACAAGAUUUUACAAAUCAAGAACUUUGUUUAAAAUUGACACUUUUCUUACUCAUUACAUUCCUGCUUUGUUGAGUGAUGCUGUGGAUAAAUUGAGAGGAAUAGAUGGAAAAGCUGUUAAUUAUUACAACAAAGUUCAAUAUGGAGCUAGUCAACUUAAAUUUAUCAUGAACACCUCAAUAAUGUGGAAAACUGAAAAUGGUCCAAAACUCUUAUCCUCAAUGGACAAACAUGAUCAGAAAGUUUUUAAUUUCGAUCCAAAAAUAUACAAUUGGAGAAGUUACAUUGAUGACUUUUAUUUUGGCAUCCGAAAGUUCAUGACGAAUGAUAAGACUGCAUGCUCAAUUGCUGCUCAAAAGAAGUUUGCUAGAUUGAAGUAUGCAAAUUACAUUGUAUCAGGAUCAAUAGCCGCAAUCUCAUUAUUCGCAUUGGUAAAAGCUGGUGACCAAAUAAUCAACAAGGAUGCAGAAAAAUCUAAAAUUUAAUUAAAUAUUCCAACAAUAAAAAAAAUAUUGCAUUAACUUUACAA